CUCUACCUACCGCUCCUGAGGAUGAUCACGCUUGGACGACGGGAGAAGAAUUAGGAGGAAUGAAGGAAAUACUUCAUGGAAUGUUGCUCAAGACAAGUUGCCUAGGGAAUAUUCUGGAAAAAUGUUUUUUGGGAUUAUACUGAAGCUUAACCUCAGGAGUUCCUGUGUAAAGGGUAAAAGCCACCAGCACGAGAUUCAGAGUGCAAUGAAACAAACCCAACAAAAACGAUACUGGAAUUAACUUCCCGUGUUGCAAGAGGGGAGAGGAAAAAAGCAGCAAAGAAUCCUGACCACAAAAACCAUGAGAGACCGUCUGCAAGAGCUCAGACUGAGGGCUAAAGAACUACAGAUGGGUGGGGAAAACAAUGGUGCAACUGUCCAAGAAGAGGAGCAGGAGGAGUUUGAACAGCAGGCCAUAAUUUAUGAAAAAGAGCCCAUCACUGAAAGGCACUUGCAAGAAAUCCAGAAACUUCAGAACGAAAUCAAUAACCUGGUGGAAGAAGUCAAUAAAUUCAGCCAACAACAAAAAAGCCUCGUGUCCUCAAUGAGAAGGUUCAGCGUUCUCAAAAAGGAGUCUAACAUAGCCAGGGAAAUCAAAGUGCAGGCAGAGCACGUCCGCAGAGGUCUGGAUGAGCUGUCCAAAGCAGUGAGGAGAGCUGAGAGCGAGCAGGGGCCGGCCCGAGCCGCGGUGAGGAUCCUGGCGGCCCAGCACACCUUCCUGUCCCACCGCUACCUGCACGCCAUGCUCGCCUACAACGAGGCCAUCACCGCCAAGCAGGACAGGUGCAGGACCUUCAUCCUCCGCCAGCUCGAGGUGGCUGGCAAAGAGCUGUCAGAGGAGGAGGUCAAUGACAUGCUCCAGCAAGGCAAGUGGGAGAUUUUCAAUGAAAAUCUGCUCACUGAAGUCAAGAUUACUAAAGCUCAGCUGUCAGAGAUUGAGCAGAGACACAAAGAACUGGUCAAUCUGGAGAACCAGAUCAAAGAUGUGAAAGAACUCUUUAUCCAGAUCUCACUUCUGGUGGAGGAGCAAGGGCAGAUGAUCAACAACAUAGAAAUCUACAUGAACAAUGCUCAAGAAUAUACUCAAGCAUCUAAAGAAAAGUUUGGGCUUGCAGUCAGGUAUAAAAGAAGAAACCCUUGCAAAGCAAUUUGCUGCUGGUGUUGUCCGUGCUGCAGAUGACACCAGGCAUGAACUGCUUGAAAUACCAGUGGUUCCUCCACACCAAACUGAUCUUGGAAAGCACUCUUGGCAUCCCUCAACUGCUUCACUUUUCUUCCCAUUUUCCCUUCAGCAGAGCUCUCAGGAAAAACUGCAUCUGUUUUUCAAGACAGAGUAAAGAAUUUUAUGGUUUUCACAGAAAUACAUGAACUACAGGAAAGGGUCAAAGGAUAAAAGUGACUUUUUUUGUGUUCUUAUAAACUUCUUCAAAAGUUUAGAAAUUCUCAAGUUUAGUUUGUUUCUUCAAACUAAAACAGUGUGGCAACAAACUCCCUGUGCUGUUGGGAGGCAUUGAAAAUAGUGUUAAUCUCAAAGACAGGAUUCAUAAAAACUUUUUACUUACUUUUCACAAUAGUAAAUACUUUUAAUUGCCUUGUGGUUUUUUACCAUUUAUAUUUACUUGCUCAAAUUCUAAAUGUUUUUUCCCCCAGGAGUCUAAAAUUCUACAAAACAAAUCUCCACACAUGAAGCAGACACCACUAGUAACAAUCCAGAAUGGGAUGCCUAAACCAAACAAGAGGUCAGAAAACUUACCAGGAAUGUUUCAAUACUACAUCUGUAGGAAAAGUUCAUAAACUUUUCAGAAAUUGACACAGAGAUAUUUAUAUUAUUCAGCUCCACAGGCAGAGCCCUUCCAGGAUAGAGGAAUAUGAUCCUUAAUUACACUCCCAAAAGGCACAUUCUUAAUGCUGCCUAUCCUGCCUUAAUACACAGCCACAUUUACAGUCUCACUCUUGCUAACACAAAAAUUUAUGAAAAAAUAGAAUAAAAAAUAGAACUCCAUCCUUACACCCCCUGCUCCUCCCCCAUAAUCUAGAACCAGAGAAUGAUUUAGGUUGGAAGAAACAUUCCAACUCCUUUUGGAAGUGAGUGAGAAAUAGCUCUCCAUGCAGUUUAACAGACAAUAGCAAUGUCACUGAGACAAAAAAAGUUCUUUCUAAGAAGAAAUAAAUAAAAGUUUCAACAUGAAAACCAAAAACAGCAAACCAGAAACGUAUUCCUGAACUGCUUUGUGCUGUGCAAAGAUGACACUUUUAUUUGGAUAGUCAGAGAAGGGAUUAGAAACUGCACUGCAAUUCAGCAAGACACUAAGUGAACUGGAUGCCUGUAGUUGCACGUAGCAGGAAAAAAAAUCUACAAUCAAAGUCAUUUUCACAUUGUGGUGUUUAGAAAUAGUUGGAUUCCUUCCAUCCCAGAGCAAAACUGCAACUGAAAUUAACUGCUAUCAAAAUAUAAUCAAAUGUCUCAACCUUAAAGUAAAAAAUACUAUUUACACAGUAGCAACAAAAAAUAAACUUAGAUGAUGACAUCACUGAAACUAUUUCAUUAAAUACUCUCCCCUUAACUGCAUAUAUUAAAAAUACAUUUAUGUUCCAAGGGCAGAGUAGAAAUUAGCCAAUAAACAGGCUGUACUUCCAGUAGUGGAAUAAAACUCAAGUUUUCAAAAUUCAAGUUUUAAUACUUAGGAAAAGAGCUGCCUGAUUAAGUAAUUUCCAGAUGUAAAUUGGUUAGAAACAGGCAAAACAGAUAAAACACACUGAAGGAGAACUGGGAAAUGAGAAGGACUUGUGGAAAACUUUUCCUAUUAACUGAAAAUAAAUAGUAUGAAAUAAUAGUAUGAGCUACAGUUUACAUUGAAUCUGAUACUGAGCAUUCAAAAUGAUUAGCAGUAGAAAUCUGCAAUAAUCACUAAAGUAACUUCCCAGUGUUUUCAGUACUUACAUAAAUAUGCAGAAAACUAAACAAAUUAAAGCCCAGCUGCAAGGGUUCUAUGAAGAGAAGUGAAACAUUAAUAGCUAUAAUCCCUUCUCACCAAAAUAACAGGCAGAAAAAGCUUUCUCCUAACAAAAUACCUGCCCAAAAAUCUCCUUGGUAUAAAAUAUCAGUCACAGCACAUGGACUUGCACUUCCUCUUGUACAUGGUCCAUGUCAACUUAAAUUAAAAAAAAAAACAAAAAAAACAAAACAAAGAUUCCAAACAAACACAACUAAUCCCAAAAAAACCCCAGGAUUUGCCUGCAUAAUAUGAUGUCUGUGUGCUCCUUUCUGAUAAAAUAAAGGACAAAAAUAAUCCUAAGAAAAUUUAAACUUGUAUGCAAGUCUUGAGGAUGCUGCCAGAAGAAUUUACCCAUAAAUAAAGUGAUAACACUGAACAGUAAAAAACUCCAAAUGACAAGGUUAACAUCUCUAUGUAAUCUAUACCAAGAGACAGUAAAAGACAAUACUAUCACAUUUGAGGAAAAUUGUCUUAAAAUGCUUCUGUGACACCUCCAUGGGCAGCAAUAAAUAACAACAUGGGAGAGCAGCAAUUAAAAUUUGUAGAAAGCAUCACAUGGAACAUCAGAUUUCUCAUAUUCCAUAUUUCUGUAAGGUAGAGUAUUUAGCACCAAUUUUAUGUCCAUAUUGUGCAAUUCAGCCUAUUCUGCAUGGAUUAAAAUGCACCAAUUAAAAAAUGUAGCAAGAUAUUGGGGAACUUCUUGCUACAUGGGUAGCAAGUAUGUCUUUAAAAAAAACCCAACAAAACCAAAAAGCCCACAAACAAAAUCUGAACAUUAAAAUUAAUAUUUAAAAAGGCUAAUUUUCAGCAUAAAUUAGGAAAUCUGACAAUACAGGAAAGAGUUCUUAACUCAAGAGGCAGAGUCACACAGGAGCAUAAACCAAAGAACUUCUGGAUCCCUCCACAGAAUUGGGAUACUGCAAAAGCAAAUUCUGAUCAAAGGCUUGAAGUUUAAU